UCACUGUGCGCCUGGCUCCAGUCGCCAGCGGUGACUUCAGCCAUUGGCUCCGCACGCCGCCUGGCUCCAUCCGCAGGGCUGCAGUUCCUGCUCUGCUCCCGUCCCUGCCACGCACAACUUGGGCUGGCACUGCUGCCCCGCGCCUCUUGCUAGCUCCCGUCGGAACGGCCACGCUGCAGCCGCACGCCUAUCCUCCUCGCAAGGUGCACAGCUUCCAGGCGACUCCUCAUCAGGAAAGCUGGAAAGAAAACUGGCAGGAAUGAUGGGGAUGUAUUUAACGAUUCAAGUACUGGAUCAAACUUAAAGUCAGGGUUUUUUUUGUUUGGUUUUUUUUACUCGGUGCACUUGAAAGGUCACCUUGUCUUGCUGGAAAAGAAGCACAUUCUCAGUUCUGCUGCUCUGUUGAACAGCUUCCACGUGCAUUUCUUAAAUGUUCCUGGCUAGUUAGGCUACCUAGCUUUACAGACAAGUAUACUCAUGGUAGAUGAGAAAGGAAAGAACAUGAAAUGUCUCACCUUCUUCUUGAUGCUUCCAGAGACGGUGAAGAACAGGUCCAAGAAGAACUCUAAGAAGGGAAAUAGCAGCAGCAGUAGCAGCAGCAAAUUGCCUCCAGUUUGCUAUGAAAUCAUUACCUUGAAAACCAAAAAGAAGAAGAAGAUGGCUGCUGAUAUUUUUCCCCGAAAGAAACCAGCCAACAGUAAUACAACUGCUGUCCAGCAGUACCACCAGCAAAAUCUCAAUAACAACAACACAAUUCCAGCACCUAAUUGGCAAGGACUUUAUCCAACCAUCAGAGAGAGAAAUGCAGUGAUGUUCAACAAUGACUUGAUGGCAGAUGUUCACUUUGUGGUUGGGCCACCAGGUGGGACCCAGCGGCUGCCAGGACACAAAUACGUUCUGGCUGUUGGGAGCUCUGUGUUCCAUGCGAUGUUUUAUGGAGAGCUUGCUGAGGACAAAGAUGAAAUCCGUAUACCAGAUGUUGAGCCUGCUGCUUUUCUCGCAAUGCUGAAAUACAUAUAUUGUGAUGAAAUUGAUUUGGCUGCAGAUACUGUACUGGCCACGCUUUAUGCUGCCAAGAAGUAUAUUGUCCCUCAUCUUGCCCGCGCCUGCGUCAACUUUCUAGAGACAAGUCUAAGUGCAAAGAAUGCCUGCGUGCUGCUUUCCCAGAGCUGCUUGUUCGAGGAACCUGACCUGACCCAGCGCUGUUGGGAAGUGAUUGAUGCCCAGGCUGAGCUGGCUUUGAAGUCUGAGGGAUUCUGUGACAUUGAUUUUCAGACACUUGAAAGCAUUCUCCGAAGGGAGACUCUGAAUGCCAAAGAAAUUGUUGUGUUUGAAGCAGCUCUGAACUGGGCUGAAGUGGAGUGUCAGCGACAAGAGCUAACCGCCACUAUCGAGAACAAGCGCAAGGUCCUGGGGAAGGCUCUCUACUUGAUACGCAUCCCUACCAUGGCGCUCGACGACUUCGCAAACGGCGCUGCUCAGUCUGGGAUCCUGACUCUCAACGAAACCAAUGAUAUCUUCCUCUGGUACACGGCUGCCAAAAAACCAGAGCUGCAGUUUGUCAGCAAGCCCCGGAAGGGCCUCGUUCCUCAGCGCUGCCACCGCUUCCAGUCCUGCGCUUACCGCAGCAACCAGUGGCGCUACAGGGGCCGGUGUGACAGCAUCCAGUUUGCUGUUGAUAAGAGAGUGUUUAUUGCUGGCUUUGGACUGUAUGGUUCCAGCUGUGGAUCAGCAGAGUACAGUGCCAAGAUUGAACUUAAACGGCAAGGAGUUAUCUUAUGCCAAAACUUGAGUAAAUACUUCUCAGAUGGUUCCAGUAACACUUUCCCCGUGUGGUUUGAAUACCCAGUGCAGAUUGAGCCUGACACCUUCUACACAGCAAGCGUGAUUCUGGAUGGUAAUGAACUCAGCUAUUUUGGACAGGAGGGAAUGACAGAAGUUCAGUGUGGGAAGGUAACAGUUCAGUUUCAGUGCUCCUCGGACAGUACAAAUGGCACUGGGGUACAGGGAGGACAAAUUCCUGAACUCAUAUUCUACGCUUGAAUGAAAAUAUGUGGAGACAAAGCAUUUUGCUGUGAAGAACCUGUCUGUUUCAGGCCUACUGAUGCUUAUCUUUUAAUCUGCAGAUAUGUGAUAAGUGCAGGUGAUAUGUAACUAAACGCUGUGGGCAAGUUUCUGGCUUGCUAUACUUGUAGCAUCGUUGGUGAUAAAGUUUAAGUGUGGUAUUUAAACUGGAAGCUCUUAGGAGCAAGCAAAUUUUAAAGGCUUUGUAAGAGCAGUGCCUCUUUGCUGGUGAUGCUGACCCUUUCUUUGAUGAACCUGUGAAUCACCAGAGGAUGUCCUCCUCUUGUAUCUCGCUAAACACUGUCUUUCGUUGAUCUGUUUUCCUUUCCUGCUUUCAGAUGGUAAUCAUUUUGGGAGGUUGAGGUUGAAAAUGAAGAGCCUUGUUUUACAGUUUUUCUCUUCUGGUUGCUCUUCAGACUUAAGGGAUUCCAACAAACUGAGCUGCUUUUGAUGGAAGCUGAAAGAAGUGCUUCAGUUGUAAACAGAAAAAGCAGAAAAAGUUUAAACGUUCAUCUUAUCAGAUUCUCUGGUGGCCAGCUGUUCGGGAUGGCUGCAGGGGAAGAUGGAGAGAAGCAAGCAGCUUUCUCAGGAAGCUAUAGAGCAUGCUGACUCUGUCCAUCAUGCAUGGACAUGUUUACAGUGGGCUUGGCAAGUUACCCUCAGAGUUCAUUUUCUAGAAAUCCCACCUUAAAGACAAGGAAGUAUUUGUACAUGUUCAAAUUGGAUAUGCAGCUCUUGACACUCUACUCCCAUGACCUAGUUUAAGUCAGUUUGCUGUUUAAGUGGCAUUUUUUCCAACCCAUGCUGAAUAAAUGGGAAUUAAUAUAAUUCAAUGCAGGGUAAUUUUUUUUGGUCUAUUUUGAGUGGGUUUUGGUUUUGUUUUUAUUUCUAAACAUAGUGGAGGCAGCCAAACAAAAGAAUAUACCAAUCCUGACUUGAACUUUCUUCUGUAAAAUGAGAUUUCCUCUUUUUGUUGCAACACAUCAUCAGCAGGAAUUUAGACAAAGACAGGAAAGAUUCCCAGCUGUGGUCAUGUUCUGCGUAGUAUCUGUCGUCAGAUAAUAGGGGAGAGGAGGAAGUCUAAUGUGCUAAUGCUGUAUCUCUUGCAACUGCUUAUGGUUACGUAUCAGUUGGAGGAGUGUGGUGCAGAUCUCCUUGUCUGAUUGUUGGGUUUUUUGGUUUGUUUUUUUUUAACUCCUUGUCAUAUGUCUAUCAUUUUUAGAAAAGAAUUACAGAUCAUGACUCCAUUAUCCAGUAAGGAAACCAGUGUAAGAAAUACAUGUGCUGUUUAAACAUAAGAAAAGCCUUCACCGCUGCAUUGGGACAGUUGCUUUUCAAAGAGACACUACUACCUAUUGUAAAGUAUCCCAUUCUUAUUUCAUCUCUGAAGUGGGUUCUGUGUGUUUUAAUGAAAUGAGAGGACCAAAUGAUUCUUUUGACAGGCUGAAGAUUAAUGUUAUAGUAUAUCAACACAUUAUUGUAGCAUAACCCUAAAUUCACUUGUCAGUUUUGUAAUAAAAAUGUUUUUCUCAUAUGAUUUCUUACUAGUUUAAUGCUAUUACUUUAAGUGUUUCACGACAAUUGGAAUCCUGGCCCCUGGCCAUCAUAAAGUGCCAAUACGUCUUUACUGUCUGAAGUAGGGAAAACUGGAGCAGAGACAUCAAAUGCUUUAUAGCCAAAGCCCAGAUCUUCUCUCUAGGUAGUAAUAAAAGGAGAGCCAGGUGAAAAACUGCCCUGAAAGAUCUGUGCUUUUUACACAUCUUAGUGUUUAAUGUUUAAUAUCCAUACAUACAUAUGUGUGUGCGUGAGCAAUGUUCUUUCUGAAAUGUAAAUGCCCUCAAAAUAUACAGAAAAAUGUUUUGGUCUUUUGUAACAGAUGUACAUAAUCCAGACUGUUAGUGAAAGCUAAACAGAAUGCUACAUGGAAAAGUCACUUAGAGAUUUAAAAAUACUCCAGUUAAUUAUAUUUAGAUCUGCAGCCUAAAAUAGAUGAGUAUAAUUUUAUGGACUGGAGGAAGAGUUGUUGAAGAAACUGCAAAAAGGACUUGUGAGAUUGUGAUGAGGUCAUCUGCUUUUAGGCAACAACUGAGCAGCAGUUCUAUUUACUUAAAUACAUUUGAAAGCAGAAAAAGACACUAAUCAGCUGAUGAAGUUUUCUUGCAGCAAGUGGUUGAUGUAGAUGUAAUUGCUCUGAGUCAUGAUCAGAUUAGCAAGUCACUUGCACUGGAAAGUUGCUUUGUGAGUUUGGGAAAAAUCAGGUGCCUCAGCUGGUGAGACAAGGCAGAGAGUACUGCAGUGCUGUAACUGGGCUUGGGUUCUCAAUUCGUUAUUUGGUUUUUACUUACCUGCUAAUAAAGGUGAGAUCUACUAUCUUCACUGGCUGGAAUGGAAGUUGGGAGAUCAGAAUACUGUGUAGCUAUAAUAUGUAGAAAAUGAGCUGUUGUUUCAUUGUUAUCUUUAUUUGCUACUUCUCCAAAAUGUUUUUGAUGAAGUAGCAUGAAAGCAACUUCUAGCUUAAUUCCUCUGAGUCCAUUCCAGGUUUUAGGAGCUGGUGCAUGUAAUUAUUCAGUAUGGCGUUAAACAUAAGCACUGCAAAACACCUUUUGAUGUUUACAGCACAACUUGAUUCUGAACACUACUAGAUGCUAACAAGUACUAGUAUAUAAGAAGGUGGCCAGUACCAGUCACCUUAGGCCAUCAGGGCACUUUAUUAGAUGUCUGAGUGUGGAUUUGGUUGGUUUAGCAGUAGCAGUGGAGCUUGACUACAUGGAUUGACAAUUUGGAAGCAUCAGCUGUAUCAACCUGGAAAGUGAGCAUAUAGAGAUCCUUCCAUCCUUCUGUCUUAAACUGUACCUGGCCAUCUUUGCUACCUGUAUGUUUGAUUUUCCUGCUGGGGGGAAUCUGUGAUAAGAGAGUAUAGCGUAAUAUACUUUCUGCAUAUCUAAAAUAGUAUUUAACUAAACAUUUUAAUUUCUACAUACUUAUUGCACUGAACUGGUUUGGGAUUUAUUUUUGUUACUAUUUGUUGUGAUAAACUCAGCUAACUUCAGGUCCCAAUGCCCAUUUGUGCUGGAGAAGUGUUUGACCUUGGCAGGCUUACAGCAUUAUUUAUAAAGGACAGAUAUAUAUAAAUAUGAAGUACCUCAUGUUGAAUGUUAUUGUACUGUAUCUUUAAUGUCACAGUGCAGAUCUUGUUGGACUCAUGAAUGUGUAUGAUCACGUUAAACAUACAAAUAAAAGUGGUUCUUAAA